AUGGCUUCAUCCAUCGCUUUUAUGACUAAGCUUACUUCAAUUCUUUUGCCACCUCCUCCUGCGGGUGGCUUAAAAUUCCGCCUUCUGUUUUUAAUAGGAGUAUUCACAAUUAAUGCGUCGGGGACGGUAUUCACUCUCCAAAACAGCUGCAGCUACACGGUCUGGCCUGGCACGCUCUCCGGCAAUGGCCCAGCCAUCCUCGGCGGUGGUGGCUUCGCAAUGGCCCCCGGAGAUACCAUUGAACUACCAGCUCCGCCGGGAUGGUCGGGCCGUUUCUGGGCCCGAACGGGCUGUCUCUUUGACGAUGCGGGAACUGGCAACUGCACCACUGGAGACUGUGGUGGUAUACUAAAAUGCACCGGCGGCGGCGUCCCUCCCGUCUCCCUUGUAGAAUUCACCAUCGCAAGCGGCGGCGCCAACUUGGGGAAGGACUUUUACGACGUCAGCCUGGUCGACGGCUACAACGUGGGGCUCUCCGUGCGGGCAUCCGGGGGCUCCGGCGACUGCCAAUCAGCUGGAUGCGUGGCGGAUGUUAAUGCGAACUGCCCCAAGGAACUGCAGGUUGUAGACGACGGCGGCAACGUGGUGGCGUGCAAGAGCGCUUGCGCGGCGUUCAACACACCGGAGUUUUGUUGCACUGGCGAGCACUCGACGUCCGCCACAUGCUCGCCGACGCCGUAUUCGCAGAUGUUCAAGAAUGCUUGCCCGGCAGCGUAUAGCUAUGCGUACGACGAUUUAUCGAGUACAUGUACUUGUGCUGGUGCGGAUUAUUUCAUCACAUUCUGUCCAUCAAACUGAAUUACAUCUAUGGCUUACAUUAUUUGAUACAAACAAUUUCCUAUUAGAUCUUUUUCUUUAAAAAGUAAUUUUUUAUUGGCCGAUUUUGACGUGGGAUUAGGUGAAGUUGGUACAUGGACAAAAAUUGAUCAA